CUCUCUCUCUCUGGGUCUCUGCUCCAGGGAGGCGGCUUGGCGAGAGGAGAAGAGGGACUUCGCCGGGAGCCCAGGAAAACUCCCUCCUUCCUUCCCUCCCCAGAGCUUUAAAUCCGGAGGAGCUGUUGCUUUGGGGGCAGAGAGCGAGAGAAAGACAUGCUGCCUUUGGCCCAGAAGAACAUCCCGAAGGAGCCCUCCUGGCCUUCAGAAGAGCCCCGGGAGUUAAGAAUCCCACCUGGAGACUGCAGGAGUGGCGGGUCCCUCAAAGGGUUCUCACUACAAUGGUGCUAUGGGCUACCCAGUUCCUGCUGGGGCUGCUGUUUGGUUGCUGUCGGGGCUACAACAGCCUUAGGGUGCCCCCGUGUCUACUUAACCUACAAAGAACUGCUGGAAACCCGUACUGCCCGUCCCUUCAGCUUUGCCUUCAACACAAGUGAUUAUCGAAUCCUGUUGGUGGAUCAGGACCAAGAGCGACUCUACCUAGGAGCCCGAGACUUUCUUGUGGCCCUAGAUCUCCACAACAUCAACAAGGAACCACUCAUUAUCCAUUGGCCAGCUCUACCGAGCCACCAGAAUGAGUGUCGUCUGGCAGGGAAAGGUCAGAGGGGUGAAUGCUUCAACUAUGUACGGCUUAUGGAGCCAUUGAAUCGCACUCACCUCUAUGCCUGUGGAACAGGUGCCUACCAUCCAGUCUGUGCCCUCAUCAACCGUGGGUGGCGCUCUGAAGAGUAUCUCUUCCGCAUGGUUCCUCGUUCACUGGAGCCAGGAAAGGGGAAAUGCCCUUACGACCCCCAUCAGCACAGCAUGGCCGUGCUUGUUAAUAACACACUGUAUGCUGGGGUGCAUGUGGAUUUCAUGGGCACAGAUGCUGCCUUGUUCCGUACCAUGGGGCCACGUCCAGCUGUCCGGACUGAGCAACACGAUUCCCGCUGGCUCUAUGACCCUGUUUUCCUCCAAGCCCAUGUCAUUCCCGACAGCUCCGACCACAACGAUGACAAGCUCUACUUCUUUUUCCGUGAGAAAGCACUUGAGGGUGCCGUGGGGCCUGCUGUGCUCGCUCGGGUGGGACGGGUUUGCCUGAACGAUGAUGGAGGACAGCGUUCCUUGGUGAACAAGUGGACAACAUUUCUGAAAGCUCGUCUAGUUUGCUCUGUAAUUGGAGAUGAUGGCGUGGAGACGUUUUUUGAUGAGCUGCGUGAUGUUUUCUUGCUACCAACACAGGAUGAAAAGCAUCCAUUGGUGUAUGGGGUUUUCUCUACACUGGGGUCUGUGUUCCGUGGCUCGGCAGUCUGUGUUUACUCCAUGGCUGACAUACGCACAGUCUUCAAUGGGCCCUUUGCUCACAAGGAGGGACAUAACUACCAGUGGGGCCCAUACACGGGACGUGUGCCCUACCCUCGCCCUGGAGCUUGCCCAGGAGGAACCUUCACCCCAGGGCUCCGCUCCACCCGUGGGUUUUCUGAUGAGCUGGUGACCUUUGUGCGUGCCCAUCCCUUGAUGUACAAUGCUGUUUACCCACUUCAGCGCCGCCCCCUCCUGGUGAGGACCAAUGUGCCCUACAGCUUCACCACAUUGGCUGUUGACCUGGUGGAUGCCGUGGAUGGGCGCUACGAGGUCCUCUUUCUUGGCACGGAUCAGGGCACAGUGCAGAAGGUGAUCGUGCUGCCAAAAGAGCAAGGGGUCUUGGAAGAACUGACCCUGGAGGAGGUUGAGGUGUUCAAGGUUCCUGCUCCAGUGAAGACACUAUGGAUAUCCUCUAAACGGCAACAGCUGUAUGUUUCCUCAGAUGUGGGGGUUUCCCAGCUGAGUCUGCAUCGAUGCCGUGAGUACGGAGAAGCUUGUGCCGACUGCUGCCUGGCCCGGGACCCCUACUGUGCCUGGGAUGGCCAACGCUGCACCCGCUAUAGCCACACCACUAAAAGGAGGAGCCGCCGCCAGGACAUCAAGCAUGGUGACCCCCUGAGGCAGUGCCGAGGAUUUAAUGCCAAGGUAGAGCAGCAAUUACGUGAGCAGGUUCAAUAUGGACUAGAAGGAGGGAGCGUGUUUCUGGAGUGCGAACCGCGAUCUCCUCAUGCGUCUGUCAAGUGGCUGAUGCAGACUGAUGAUUCUGACAAACGCAAAGUGUUGCCCCGAGAUCGUGUACUGCUACGAACACCUCAGGGGGUGCUUUUAGGCCCUGUGACUCCAGCCGAUGGUGGACUCUACCAAUGCAUUGGCACUGAGAAUCGUUUCCGCCACACUCUCCGCCGCCUCCGUCUGCAUGUCCUUCCACGUGCCUUGCUUGAGGGGGCCACGGCCCAAGGACAGCCCCCUGCUCUUGGCAUCUGCGAGAGCUACUGGCAGAAGCUCAACCGAGGGCAGGAGACCCGGCGUGGCCGGAGUGGCCGGCAGUCCCAUGCUGGGCCUAGCCUGUGGGACUUGGAACAGCAGGCCAAUUGGUACAGAGUAUCACAGCAUUCUCUGAACUGGACCACGGGAAGUCCCCAGUACUCCCAAAGCAGCAGCAAUCGCCGCCGCCAUCACCACCGCUCAAAGGCAUGGACAGGCCACCGGUCCCCGCCUCGAAGCUGAGUAGGAAGGCAAUGGGGGUGAGAAGGGAUGAAGGGGCGCUGACCCAAAAGUUUUGGCGUAACUGAGUGACAUUCCAAUGGACUCUUUGUAAGAGCUACGUGGAUCUAGACAUGGGGAAAAUCUCUCCCCACAUCCUCCCCAACUUGAGGGGACGCUGUUGCUCACAGGGUGUGUUGUGUUGUGUGUCCAGGCUAAUUCCAGGGUUUUGCAGGACCAGGGCUUGCUGGCUCUUUCCACAGAUGUAAAUAUAACCAGCGCUGAUUCCAGGGCUUUGGUUUUAGUGUCUAUUUUGUACAGUGCUCAUUCCUCCUUCCUUAUGGCAGGAAACUGGUGAGGCUUUUUUCAGCAUUAACCCCAUGAUUUUAUUAACCCUGUGUUUCAGGAACAGAUUGCAGAGAAUAAAAAAAGUACUGAUUUAUUUUCUAAGAAAAUGUUUAAAGGACUAUGCUGAUUUUGUUACAGAACGUUUCCAUGCACCGUGACACUCAUGUUAAAGGAAAGGCAGCUGUAAGGCCUGAUUCUCUUGGAUCAAAGUCCUACGGUGAAUGUCAUCAACACAGAAUUUUUUAAAAAGUAGUUUGAGCUAACAUGAAUCUUGGCUAUCGUACAAGCAUUAAACCAAACCCUUGCUUCAGUGGUAGUAAUCAGAAAGAUCACUUGUUAGUUGUAUAGUGUGUGGCCAAAUGAGCAAGUAUAAUCGACAUAUAUGAAGCGUCACUGAGAAGAGAUACAGUUCUGUAUGUAUAUCCACUGCUACUCCAGCUGAAACACACAAAAAGCACCAGUGUGGAACUACAGAAGCCAAUUCCAGCAGUGGUUAUGACUAGGAUGAGUGAAUGUCUCUCUGUGGGAGGAAAGAGUCCUGGGCCACUGGAUGUGAGCUCCUUUGUUCAAGAGGGGCCUGGAACACGCAGCAGUCUUAUGCUGACUGGUGAGCUUGCUCUCCCAACUGACCAGAGGGAGAGCAAAGACUAGCUGCUGUACUUCAAUCACUGGCACUAUUCUGAGCACUGUCUGGAUGCAAAUUCUCUGCAACAUGAGAAUGACCAUCCUCAUGUCGGGUGUUUGGAAGUUCUACUUACUGUCCUCCUGGCUGCUUUGUUCUUGAGAUCAUCAUCAUCUACUGAAGCUUGGGUCUCUUGAUAUAAGCUUAUAGCAGUGAAUUUCUUAUGUUCAUUACACUUCGUGUGAGACAGCAUGUACCAAAAGUAGAAGACUCUUCCAACAUUCUUCCCAAGCUGCCUGGAUUUUUCACUACAUGAACAGGCAUCUGCCACUUACACAACUUGGCUACUUCCUAUUCAUUCCUGCCUCGCUUUCAUUUUUAAAAUGUUACCUAGCACUGAAAUAUGCUUAUAA